UGCCGCGCCGUCAACCGGAAGAAGAACGUUUGACCCGGCAGCUGAUGACGUGUGUACGUCCGUGUGACGCCGCUGAGAUCCGCCGGCCGCUCCGUUCUUUCUCUCGCAGUUUUCCCAGCAGCCUCUGGGGGUCGACAGCAGAAGAGAGGAGACAUGUCAGACGAGGAGGAUUUGGCUCCGGCCGUCAAGAAGAGUCGUGUUUUCUAUGGAAGCCUGGAGGAAAAAGAGCGCGAGCGUCUGAGCUCAGAGACGGCCAAAGGAAGUGAUGCAGUGAAGGCUGGGAUCGAGGCGGGAAACAUCAACAUCUCGUCAGGAGAGACUCUGGACCUGGAGGAGCGGGUCAGCGAGCGGCAGCAGGAAGCGCUUGCUGCAUUCGAGCGGCGGCGGCGAGCACGACAGAUCACCGUCUCCACGGACGAUGCUGAGGUGAAGGCCGGCCUUCGAGCGCUUGGAGAGCCAAUCACGUUGUUCGGAGAAGGACCAGCUGACCGCCGGGAGAGGCUGCGCAGUGUUCUGUCUGUCGUCGGUCCCGACGCACUGAAAAAGUCCAGGAGAGACGAAGAGAGAGCCAAGAGAUCACAGGACGAGUGCCAGCAGACAUGGUACCACGAAGGCUCUGCCUCCCUGAAGGACGCUCGCCUCUGGUUGGCCAAAUACUCUCUGCCACGGGCGAUGAGGCGUCUGGAGGCCGCACGCUGUCAAAAGGAUGUUCCCGAGGCAACCAGGGCGAUCCGGCAACAAGAGCUGCACAAGAGCCUGAGGAAUCUCAACAACUUCUGCAGUCAAAUUGGUGAUGAUCGACCAAUCAGCUUCUGCCACUUCAGCCCCGACUCCAAAAUGCUGGCCACCGCCUCCUGGAGCGGUCUGUGUAAGCUGUGGUCCGUCCCUGACUGCAACCUGAUUCGUACACUCAGAGGACACAACACCAACGUGGGUGCAGUUGUAUUCCGCCCGCAGGCCGGAAUCUCUCUCGACCAAUCAGAUGUCAGCUUGGCCUCAUGCGCUGCUGACGGGUCUGUAAAGCUGUGGAACCUUGAGAGUGACGAGCCGGUGGCAGACAUCGAGGGUCACAAUGAGCGUGUGUCGCGUGUAUCCUGGCAUCCUUCAGGAAGGUUCCUAGGAACGACCAGUUAUGAUAACUCGUGGCGUCUGUGGGAUCUGGAGGUUCAGGAGGAAAUCCUCCACCAAGAAGGUCACAGCAAAGGAGUCCACGACCUCCACUUCCACCCUGACGGCUCUCUGGCUGCCACUGGAGGGCUUGAUGCGUUCGGCAGGGUGUGGGACCUUCGGACGGGACGCUGCGUCGUUUUCCUGGAGGGACACCUGAAGGAGAUCUACAGCGUGCACUUCUCUCCCAACGGGUAUCACCUGGCGACAGGAAGUGGUGAUAACACCUGUAAGGUUUGGGAGCUGAGGAACAGGAAGUGUCUUUACACAGUCCCCGCCCAUCAGAACCUGCUGUCGGCCGUCCGAUUCCAACCCACGGAUGGUCACUUCCUGUUGACUGGAGCGUAUGACAACACAGCCAAGGUUUGGAGUCAUCCAGGCUGGACGCCACUGAAGACUCUCGCCGGGCACGAGGGGAAGGUAAUGGGUGUCGACGUGUCGCCCGACGGAAAACUGAUCGCAACCAGCUCCUAUGACCGAACCUUCAAACUCUGGCUGUCUGAGUGAUGUCAUGAUAAUGUCAGGACUGAUCUCAUGGCAGCAGCACAACACAUGACAGAAAGUUUUUGUUUUGUUUUUGUUUUGUUUUUUGAAAUAAAGAAAAGACUUCAUGUUUCAGUGUUUUUAUAUCAAAUGAAAUAAAAGUUCAUGUUUUGGAAA